AUGAUGGCCAGUGCCGGCGCCGCAGAUUUGCAACAACAAAUGCAAGCAAUAAUGACGCAGCUUACUUUACUAUCACAGAGUGUUGCCGAUAUUCGGACACUCCUGGAAUCGCAAAAUAAGAAAAUAGACGAGUGUGUCCAGAGCGUUUCCAAGCUACAGGAUGAGAAUAUAGAUUUACGGGACAAAAUAAACACAGUUCAAAAACAGCUUCUGAAUUCGAACAAUAAUAUAUAUGCUGAAAUGAGGAAUCGUUUAGAUAGGGAGAAAAAUGCCAUGUUCUUUGGAAUUAGCGAGCAGAACACUGAGUUCCUGCAAGUUGUCAACGAGAUUGCUAACAAAAUUUCCUCACCAAAACCCUGUACGAUACUUAGUGCAGAACGGGUAGGGAAACUGCUGGAUAAUAAGGAUAGACCAAUAAAAGUUCAAUUUGCUACUAUUGGUGAAGCUCAACAUGUGAUAAGAAAUGCAUUCAAAGUCCCUAAAGGUGAGCUUCCAAACCUGAGAAUUAAAAGAGACUUAACCCCCAACCAACAACAUGAAAUCAAGAUUGCUCAUGAAGAACUCAAUAGACGUAAAGCUUUGGGUGAAAAUAAUCUGGUACUGAGUGUGAAGGUUGUCGAGAGAGCGAAUACUGCUUUGCAAGGAUCUCCUCAGACUCAGAGUAUUGCUAAAAUAACGAUAGAAAGCAUCAAUUUGAAAGUGCCACAUCUCACACCCAACGAUGACAUAAAGUUGCAGUUGUUGACACGUAUCAAAGCAGAUGAGUCUAUGAUGAUACCGUUUCGCCGAUGGGAAUUGCACGAGCUACCAGCACUCACACAAGGAUCUACCAUAGAAAUCUGGUCCGUAAAGACAUGUUCUGCAUUGGACAGUCCAAGAUAUGUUAUAGUAUUUUUCCAAACUAAAAAAGCCGAUAAUUUGCAUGAAGACGUCACCUUGUUCGAUAAUGCCAACAUCAAAUCCAUACGAUUGGCUCUGAAUAGCGACUAUUAUCCGCAAGAAAGAAUGCUAUUGGACUUUUCCAAAGACCAAUAUGCCGAAGCCCACUUCAACUAUACAGAGUUCAACAAGAGCUACCAUAACUGUCAAGAAAAGCGCUCUCUAGUAAACUUUGCCGAAUUCAAAUCCCGACCAAUGUUUGUUAUCGAUUGCUCGAGGCGCCAUCUAGGCAUGAAGUCGUCUACAGUUGACAUGAAUUCAACCUUCAAGUUGAAACUUCAAGUUGAACCUCCUAGUACAACCUCCAAGUUGAACCUCCUAGUACAAGCUUCAAGUUCAACCUUCAAGUUCAGCCUUCAAGUUCAAACUUCAAGUUCAACCCUCAAGUUCAACCUUCAAGUUCAACCUUUGAGUUCAACCUACGAGUACAAACUCCAAGUUAGAAAUCCAAAAUAA